AAACAUAGUGAAAUUAAAUAUCAGUAGAAAUUUUACUUCUAUUUUAGAAUUUGAUAUGGAAAUAUUUGGUAUUAGCUAAUUCUUUGUCUGAACUAAUACCUUUAAAAAUCUUCUUUAAUGACAUUAAUGCUGUUAAAAUAUGAAAUACUGGGGAAUUAUUAAACAUUUAAAAUAAUUCUUAAUGAAAUACUGCAUGUAUUUUCUUAGUAUAGUUCUCUUCUGUUUAAAUUUGUUUGUCCAGUAAUGAGAAGCUGGUAUAUAUUUGUGGGUCUUCAUCUUCCCUUUCCGACAGUGACCAUAAAGGAGCAAUUUUUACCUGUAUAUUUGGGAGACACCAUAGUGCUCACCUGCUCAGAAGGAGGCAACGUGAAGUGGAUUUUCAAUGGUAAUGAAAUCCCAGAUCAAACACAACAAAACUAUAUCUUCACCAUAAAAUCUACUAGUGCACAAGGCCCAUAUGCGUGCCAGGUGCAUGGAAGUCAGAGUGAUGCAUAUAAUCUCAAAAUCAAAGAUUCCUUUCCUCCAGAGGUCCUAGUCAUACAGUCUGGACAUUCAGUGGUCUAUAAAGAUGACUCUGUUCUUCUAGCCCUUUACGUGGACGAUUGUCUGAAUUGGAUGUGUUAUGUGUAUAAAAAGCAGCGCUUUUACCAUGUAAAAAUAAAAGAUUACCCAAAAACUGGCCCUUUGGAGUUCAUGACGUCCUCCAUGGAGAAGACCUCAGAACCAUAUAUUUAUUGGUGUAAAAAGAAGAACACAACCAUGAGAAGCAGCACUGUUGUACUCAUGGUAACCGAUCUAAUGGUAAAACUUGUCCCUCACCCUGCUCUGCCAUUACUGGGAAAAAAUUUAGAACUGGAAUGCGUGACACAUGGUGCACCAACAGUAAAUAACAUAAUUUUCUAUAAAGAUGGUAAAGCUAUGCAGUCUCAUCCCCAAAAAGAUGUGAAAUACCUGAUUGAGAAUAUGUCAAAGACCAACAAAGGAAACUACGAAUGUGAAGCUACCUACACGAACCAAGCGAGUAGCAGCAAUAGCGAGUUCACUGUCAAAUCUGAGCCUCAGAAAGUCGUUGGCAUAGACAUGACUCUAGUGGCAGUCAUGUCAUACACGCCUGGAUAUCCUGUGUGCACUUGCAGCGAAUGCAAAACUGCCGGCAAGUCUGAAUUCUUUGAGAUUGUAAAUGGUCACUAUAAAAAACAUGAAACUACAACCCUAUCCAAGGGGAAGUACGCCUGUAGAGUUCACUGGGAUGCUGGAGCCUCCUCAUUCAGUCUGCCAAUUUUUGUGUCAGGAGAAGACCCCAUAGUUUCCAAAACAGUUGUAAUCGUGGUGGUCAUAGUGCUCAUCUUGAUUGUAAUCUUGACCGUGGGAUAUUUCCAUUAUUUCUACCUGAAGCGUAGAAAUAAGCAAGAGUCCGAGGCAUUGUACCAGGAGGUGCCACUAGAUGCUGUGAAAUCCGACAAGGGGGAAGGAGGUUAUGAGGAGCUCAAGGGAGGAAAAAGAGGAGAGAGGAGUGGAGAGUACGACACACUGAAGGGGCCGGAUGCAGACAAAGUCACAACAGCGGAGGUCUCAGAUACCGGAGAGCAGGGUGGCUAUGAGGGCCUGAAGGUUUCUCAAGAUGAUUCGAGGAAAAAUGAGUACCAGACUCUUAAGGGGGAAGGAGGCAAGGGGGCAGAAGGGGGAUACGAGGCCCUGAAGACAUCUAAGGCAGAGGAGGAUGCAGGAGUGUACCACACCCUCGGCCCAGCAGGAGAACAAGGCGCAGGGUAUGAGGCACUGAAGCUGUCCAAGGCAGAGGGGAAGGAAGGGGAGUAUCAGACUAUUCAGCCGGGAGGAAAUUAAAUGUGGUCCUGCACUCUAUGGAGUGAAUAUGAUCAUUGUCUAACAGGUGGUCUGUCACCAGUGGGUUACAUGGGAAGUUGCAUUUGCACGUCUGUGGUGCAUGAAUCCAGUGUGUGUGACACAAGCGCGUGGAAAACAGUGUGUAGGUGUUAAAGAAAAUAUGUCGCUAUUGAGGAAGGAGCCAAACGUGUGGUCAUAUGUUUCUUUCAUUAUUUCAUCGAACUUCCACAUAUAGAUUUAACUGUACGAUUACAAGCAUCAUAUAAAGUAUAUUUCUGCUUUGAUAUUGCAUUUUAAUCAAUACUCCAUUUUAAUGGGGAAUUCAAUACAUUUUGAUGAGUUCAGAACCAUAUAAACAUUACUUUCGAAAAGAUGCCAUAUUUAACCAGUUUAUAGACAAAUACAAAGACAUCGUUUUUUCUGUUACCUGUCGUUAAGCAGCUAAUUGAAUAUAUUGUGUGAAUUUGUGAAUUAAAUAUAUGAUAUAUAAAAAUAUAUUUUUAUUGAUAUAAUAAAGUUGCUUAUUAAAAAAUAUGCAAAA